AUGGCAGAUCCAGCUGUUGUCCCGCUAUUGUCCCAAGAACCGCAGGAGUCCGAAGGCAUUGAAAACCAUGAUGCGCACGAGUAUGAUAAAGAGGAAGAGAUGCUACUUCUUCAAAUGGCAGACACCAAUGAUGGUCCUCUUUCACCAAAUUUGAAGGCAGUCAUCGAUGGAAGCAACGAAUCGAAUUGGACAGCGGGUCAGAAAGAGCCAGCCCCUCUACUCAUGGAACGCCCGCAAAGCUCUGGAAUUGAUGUGAGGACUUUUUCCUUUGCAAAGCCUGCCCAGUAUGGAAAAGGAUUCUCGCUUCAAUCUUCGUAUAAACAACCUCCUGCAGUUUCUAGGGCUCACGGAAACACGCCGGUUCCAAAGGGACGCGAAACAACCCGGGCAUCUAGUGGCCACAGUGAAAUAUCGCAAAAAGAGCCGCCUCUUCUUCUCAACAUUGAACCUGAAAACUAUCCUUCAAGCAGAACCGAGGAAGGCCCUCAGGCAUCGACAAAAUCGCCCUCGGCCCUACCUUUGGAAUCUCAGGGGCACAAUAAAUUACUAGAACAUGCGAGUAGGGAGCCUACCUUGAACAGUGACACAAAUCCGGCCCAAAAUCGAAGGACUGAAAUUGCCAGCCCUCCCCCCGUAAACAAUCCACAAAACAAUGGGCCUCCUGAGCUCAACAAUAUCACUAGCUUGACCGAAGACGUCCAUGACCGACGUCCAAUUUCGCAAAGGCACGGGGAGAAAAGACAACGGAGGGGAGAAUCUUCCAGACAGCCAAUGCCUAUCAACCACAUUGAAUUUGAGGUUACUCCGUCGACAUUGCGCCCAUGUGCCCCGGAAACCGAUGAGACGAGGCCUUUAAAACGCCGCCGCACGAACAGCAGAAAAAGGCUUUCUUGUUUCAAGCAAUCCGAGCAGUCGAUCGUUGACGACUACUCUCAAUUGUCAGAGGAUAAUCUAUUUCAGAUGUUGAUAGGCCGUAUCAGACAACGCGAGGAAAAUGAGAUUGCUGCUGCCAGUCUACGAGAACAGAUGGAGACCACUGUACUUGAGCUGACAGAGGAGAAUAAAGCACUGAAGGAGCAAUUGGAGAUGUUCGGCGCCCAGCUGCAGAAAAGGACUUCAGACUGUAGAGCAUACAGGGCUCAAAUGGACAGCUGGAAGACUAAGCUGGGAAAGUUUAAACGAUUUUUGAACUCGUUGGGUAAUGACUAUCAGACCCUUCGCGGGGAAGCCAUUCAGUUCAAAGCUAGAAGAGCAUCUCUAGAGGAAGAGAAAGGCGGAAUAAAACGCACCAUCAGCGACUUGAAAGUGCGCAUCUCGCAGAUCGCUGAUACCAUGAGCCAAAAAAGAAACCACUUGCGUGAAUCGGCUAAUAUAGUAGGUUCCUUGGAGCAAGCCUUGAAGGGAGCAGAGGACAAGGUGCAACUCAUCCAGAACCAUCUGUCAGACGAGAAGAGAAAAUCUGCGAUUCUUGAAUCAUACAUACAGAGCCACUCGCGCACUCAAACAAAACAACUCGGGCUCAUCAAAACCGAUCAGCUUGAGAUAAUGAGCAAACUUGAAAGUGCUUUCCAAUCGAUCAGUGAACAAUGGGAGUCUUCUCAAACCAACAUUCAAUCAAUGCUCAGUCCUGCUCUAAACGAGUGCCUGUCGUCGGUCAAGGAGCUAAACGAAAGAUACUCCAUGAACAAAACAGACACGCAACUGGUUUCUGAUGCAUUUCAUUGGUUUAUGACACGCAUGGAUUCCAUCACAGCCCAAUUGACCAAGGAAUUCGAAAAGGGCUCCGAAGCCAAUGGAAAUAUGGUAAAUGUUCUACAGGUACACCUUCGAAAUAUUGAAGAUGGCCUAGGAUCCGAUUCUGCCUUAUUCAAGAAACUUGCCGUAAACGAUCAAUUGUGCGGAAGCUUGUACGAAAAGCUCGAUUUGGUUGGGCCAAAUAUCUUCAAUCUCACUUCCUGCUUAAAUGGGUUGGAAGAGAAAGAAACAAGUCUGUCCCAACAGAUGGAAGAACUUGGAAGAAGCCUCGCAGCUCAAAAGCCAGAUGAAGAGGCAGCUUUAACACCAGAAAUUAUCGGCUACAUGACAGAAAAUACCAGGCUACAGCUUCGGGUGCAAGAAAUAUCCGCAGAAUUGAAUUCAAAGGACGAAAACUUGAAGAUCAAGGAAAUGGAAAGCGACAAUAUGAAAGACUCACUGGUCGGGGCUAGAACCAAAGUCCAAGAGGCAGAAGAUCGAGCAACGCAACUUGAAUCUGAGACUACAUCUCUUCGAGAAAAAAUCAAUUCAAUAGAAACAAAAGUCCGUGAGGAGUUAAAUCGAGCUAGUGUCGUAUCCCGAGACCAAAUUAAGGCAAGAUUCGAGCAACAGAUCCACAAGCUUUUGAAGGAGAAAUCGGACAUCGAAAAUGAUGCAGGCAAUGUAAGAGAGCAGCUUGCAAAUGCUCAAGAGUCUCUGGUUCAAAAUAAAGCGACUAUGCAGAAAAAGCAAGCAGAUUACGAAUCUUCACUCCAGGAGAAACAGCAGCAGAUGCAAAUUCUUCAGGAUUCUCAUAUCGAGUAUAUUAAUAGACUGACAACACAGGAUGCAGAGCUCAGGAGGUAUCGAGAGUUGGAGGCCUCUGCUGUAUCGCAACAAGAUUCAUUGCUGAAACAUCUCGAUGAAGCCAAUGAGAGGAUAGAAAGUCUUGAAAACCAGCUUUCUUUAAAGGAUGACAAAGCGCAGUCCGAGCUACAAGAGUUGCAGAGAAAGGUCGAGUCACUCGAAGAAGAAUUUUCAAAAAAGAAAGAAGAGUGCCUGUCAGUCCAGAAAGACCUUGAUGCCGCAAAUUCCGUUAAAUCGAGCCUCGAGUCCGGUAAACUGAAAGCAAAAGACGAAAUUCAUGCACUUCUUCGUCGAGUUCAAGAUUCAGAGGAGUGGAUGAAGAGUAUCAGAGACACGCUCCAAAAAUUGGGUAUCCUCAAGCCGGAGGAACCCUUUGCGGAAACCUGGAAUAGGCUCGAGGUACUAUUGAAAACUGCUGUUUCAAACAACGCUAUAACCGCAGUUAUCAACUGUCCUGAAAAGGAUAGUACCGUUAACCAUGGUGCCAACUCCCCGGAAAGCAUCGCCCUGGCAGCAACACCCAGGGGGGGUUCCUUGAUACCUUCGCAAGGCUUUUUUCAGACGACAGAGCUGAUAUACCGAACUCAGAGUAUUCAGGAGAGCCUAUACGCUUCACCAGAUGCUUAUAGACAUAUUCAGUCUAUAGCUGCAAGUAACACAGUACCCAGUUCCUUUCCAGGAUCGCAAGUAUCAAACAGCAUUGUGCCGUUCUCAAGCAUUCAACAGCAGCUAUCGCCAAGAUACUGCUCGUCACCUAGCCAAGUCCCCGAUGAUCUUGCAAACAUGCUUAUUCCAGCCUCCGAAAAACAAGAGGAACACGGAGAGUCUACCAGUACGUGCGGAGAAAAUGAAACCAAUAUGUCUUCUGGAAAGCAUCCUGGGCCCUUCGAAGCAUCAAAGUCACCCAGCUCUACCCUCCAUCCGAGAACUGAUAGACAUGUCCAAUCGAAUAUAAAGAUUCUUUCCGAUAGGAAGCCUCAAUCUCCGGUAUCAACAGCGUUGACGGAAAACCGUGCUAAUGACUGCAAGAAACACGUUGGUGGAAAACAUAAAGCGGUUACAUUCGAGGCACAAAGCACGCCUACACCUAGCAGUUGGCAAGACCACGAAAUCCCCAAAGCCCUCGAUGAUACAUCGCAGCAAAUGGCCGAGGAAGUUUCAAACGAUCAAAAAUCAGGACGCUCGAUUCGGCGAACAUAUAGCAGGACCAGGCAGACCGGGCUCAUGAGAGAGAACCAGGGGACGUCACAGCAUGAAAUAACUCCUUCUAUCUGUGGCACAUCAAGCCUCAAAAAUAAUCAAUACGAUAAGAAUCACAGUGAGAAUAAAAGGUUGAAACCAUCUGUUGCAUCGGGUUCGAGGCUGUCAAGACAGGCAGGGGAUAGCUCAGAGUUCCUUGGUCGCAAAGCCAGCCCUACAAGCCUAGUUUCUGGGAGCAGCCGACAGUCGUCUUCGAAUGGGGGUCACUUGAAUUCAAGGGCCACGGCACGAGGCCACGGACGCGUUGGGCGCAGGACAAGAGGCGAACGUUACAACGCUCUCUUCGAUCAAGAUACAAAAGGUCAUAAUUGA